AUGUAUUUCUGUAUUCCUUUCUUUCACUCUUUCUUUCUUUGUUCUUUCUUUCUUUCAUUCAUUCAUUUUUUCAUUCUUCCCUUCAUUUUUGAUGCUGCACCCAUUUUGUACAUCUCAAAUCGUCUUCUUCUUCUUCUUCUUCUUCUUCUUCUUCUUCUUCUUCUUCUUCUUCUUCUUCUUCCAAACCCUCCAUUCUUAUAUUCUACAAUUGUACUCUUGUAUUCUUUUUCCCCUUCAUUUUUCAAAGAACUUUUUUAUGAUCAUUUCCUUUUUUUCUCUACACUUUAUGAUAAUUUUAUAUUGUAUUUCUUUUUUUCCAUUUUUCUGUCUUUCCUCUUCCCCGCAUACGUCUUUUGUGCUUAUCUCUUUCUUUCUUUCUUUCUUUCUUUCUUUCUUUCUUUCUUUCUUUCUUUCUUUCCCCGACUUUUUUUCUUACUUUUCUUAACUAUAAUCAUUUUAUUAUUUCUUUCUUUCCAUUUUAUUUUUUCUAUCGUUCAUCCAUUUGAUUUUAACGUUUCUUUCUUCCUUUCUUUCUUUCUUUCAUUCUUUCUUUCAAACGCAUCCAUUUCAUAUUAUCGUUUCAUUCAUUCAUUCAUUCGUUUAUUCAUUCUUUCUUUCUUUCAAACACAACCAUUUAAUUUUAUCAUUUCUUUCUUUUUUUUUUUAAACAGUGCCAUUUUAUUGUUUCUGACGUUUUUCUAUCCUCUUUCUUUCCUUUUUUUCUUUCUUCAAACACAUUUUAUUUCAUCAUUUCUUUCUUUUUUUAUUUAUUUCUUUCUUAAACAGAACCAUUCGGUUUCUCUCGUUUUCCUUUCUAUCUUCUUUCACGCACAACCAUUUUAUUUCAUAAUUUCUUUCAUUCCUUCUUUCUUUCUUUUCUCUUCACCUAACAAGCUGCUGGAAUAUUCCCACCUUUUUUUUUCCCCUUCUCCCGCCAUUUUUCAUGCGCCCAAAGCCUACAACGCUAUUGCUUGGAUGGCCGAUUUGCCGAAAGACAUUACCCAAUCAGAACGCUACGGCGUCCCAAAAAAUGCUGCGCCUCUCCUUGCUUGCCGGCUGCCGGUUGUCGACUCAGCAGGUCAAGAGGCCCGGACGGUUUUCAAUGUUGAUAUUUUGCUGAUUGACGAAACUGCAUUUCGUAAUAUUUCCUUCUCGCUCUUUCCUUCCAUUUCUAUAGUAAAGGAAACAUCUAUCUAUCUAUCUAUCUAUCUAUGUCAAUUUACACAAACAUAUCUAUCUGUUAAUUUGCGUAAUUUAAACGAUAAUCUAUCUAUCUAUCUAUCUAUCUAUCUAUCUAUCUAUCUAUCUAUCUAUGUGUUUUUCUUAUUAAACCAUAUGCAAAAAUUCUUAACUGAGAUGAAUCACUCUGCUUCUCUUCAUAUUUGCUUCUUAAGAAAUCUUCAGGAAGAUUUUGCUCCGGGGCUGUAA